CUCUGCUCGUGGCCUCGCCACAGCCCGACUUUGUGGAUACAACUUAUAGCGAGCAACAACAGCCGCGCGUAGAAGGUACUUCUGUGCAUGUGCACGCUCCUUUGGUAGUAGUGAUACCCCCCGGGAACUCGCAUUGAGGCUCUAUUGCGAAAACAUGUUUGGCUUGGCGGUUUGGGAUGUCGGAUGGAAAUUCGACCAGCGUUCUUCGAGUAUCAGAGGAGAAGGCGGGAGAAGCACUCCGGAUGCUCACUAAGGCGCGUAAGGGCAUUGGGAUGCAGGACAUGCGCGUCGUCUCGACAUCAGACAGACAUCCGUCCACCGCUUGGUUGCUCUCAAAGGCGUGCUGACAACCAAGGUAUAAAGAUGGUCUAACCUCCGGCCUCAAUCCUCUCGUACUCUUCUUCCCCAUCCAGCAUUCAGCAGUCUUUUAAUUAUCCGACCACUUCUCUCCUUCCAAUCAUUUGUAUUGUAUAAUAUACCCCUGCCGGCCAGGACUUACCUUCUCUCACAUCACAAUGUCUUCCAUCAAGAGCAUCUUCGCCAUCGGCCUUUUGGCCACUGCCGACAUUGUUGCCGGCCACGCUGCCAUCAUCGGCGCCACUGGUGAUGCCGGCGGACAGGGCAUGGCCCUUGGAAUCGACUCCAGCACCCCCCGUGAUGGAACACGUCGUGAUCCCUUCCAGGCUGACAGCACUCGCUUCAAGGGAGAGGCUGCGGAUACCUUUGGCGAGACUGUUGGAGCCGGUACCAACAACCUUGAGACCGGCACCAAGGCCAUGAUGGCUGAGACCGGGACCAUGCUCCCCCAGAUCUCCGCCGGUGGUUCCGUCGACAUGACCCUGCACCAGGUCAACGGUGACGGUGGUGGCCCCUACGACUGCAUGAUCAACGCCGAUGCCACUGGAGCGUCGUGGACCAACAUCAACGUUGUCACCACUCCCCCGGGCCAGAACUCCCGCAACCGUGACGGUGCCAUGACCGACUUCCCCCUCAAGGCUGCUAUCCCUGCCGACCAGACUUGCACUGGUACCGUCGCCGGCCAGAGCAAUGUCUGCUUGGUUCGUUGCCAGAACGCUGCCCGUGCCGGUCCCUUUGGCGGUAUUGUUCCUGUCCAGAUGGCUGGCACCACCACGCCCGCCGCUGCUCGCCGCAACUUGAUGCUCGCCGUCAAGCGAUCCGAUGAGCUCCUCAACAAGAUGAUCAAGCGUGCUCAGACCCCCUCGGCCGCACCCGAGGACGACGCCGCCUACCUGGCCGAGCUCCGCGCCGACGGCGAGGAGAUCUAAACGCUGUUUUCUGUGGAGAGGGAUUAGGACUACCGCG